AUGGCAGACAAAAAGGACACUAGAAGUACCAACAGAUUCAAUACAAAGAAGAAAGUGGAGGACAAGAAAGUGGACAGUACAAAAAAGAAAAAUGAAAGUAAACCAGAAAAAGAGAAAGAAAAGGAGACAAUGAAAAAGAAGCCAGAAAAAGCACCAGAUGAAAGUAAACCAGAAAAAGAGAAAGAAAAGGAGACAAUGAAAAAGAAGCCAGAGAAAGCACCAGAUGAAGUGAAGGAAGAGGAAAAGAAGCCAGAGGGAAAUGGGGAAAAAGCAGAGGGAGCAGAAGGGAAUGCAGAGGAUGGGGAAUUUCAGCUGGAACCUAUAGAGCUACCACCAUUUGAGAUUAUCAUAGGAGAUCGGAUGAGCCCCUUCUUCUUCAAGUUCCAGUUUAAAAACGUGGAGUACUCCUCAGGUCGCAAUAAAACCUUCCUGUGCUACCUGGUGGACAUACAGGGUGCGUCUACGGAGGCUGAGGGGAUGCGGGGUUACCUGGAGGAUGAGCACUCUGGAGCUCAUGCAGAAGAGGCCUUCUUCAAACAGGUCCUUGCCUAUUACGACACAUCCCUGCGCUACGUAGUCACCUGGUACACAUCGUCCAGUCCCUGCGCGGCCUGUGCCGCCAAACUAACAGAGAUCUUGCAAGCCCGCAAGACACUCCGACUCACCAUCUUCUGCUCCCGCCUCUUCAUGUGGGAGGAGCCUGAUGUGCAGGCGGGGCUGAAGGCACUGGUGAUGGCGGGAUGUAAGCUGCGGAUGAUGAAACCGUUGGACUUCACCUAUACCUGGGAUACAUUUGUAGAGAAUGAGGAGCAGAGCUUCACACCGUGGGAAGACUGUCAGGAGAACUAUGAGUACUAUGAAGAAAGACUGUUUGACAUACUGAAGUGA